CUCACCUGGGCGCGCUUGCCACAUGUACUCUAUGCAUGCACCAUGAGCUAUUGACAGUCAUAAUCGCGUUAGCCUGGAGCUUCAUGGUGGUCAACAAUACACAUGAGUACAUAUCUACUUGACUAUAGUAUCCUUUCCCCUUAGCUUUCAGCAUGGCUUGGCGAAGUUCUGGAGAGACUAACGAGGCGCUGAUCACAAAUCUCGUAAAUAACAAGCUUAUUGGGUCUGAACGUGUCAGAGACGCCAUGCUACGGGUUGACCGCGCGCACUACGCCCCAGCAUCACCUUACGAAGAUUCUCCACAGCCUAUAGGCCACAAGGCCACCAUCUCCGCACCGCACAUGCAUGCUUCAGCGUGCGAAACACUUCUCGACCACCUGCAGCCCGGUGCCAAAGUCCUUGAUGUCGGUUCCGGCUCAGGCUAUCUUACAGCUGUUCUCGCCAACCUAGUUGCGCCUAACGGAACCGUCAUUGGCAUCGAUCAUAUUCAGCCCUUGAACGAUCUAGCAGACAGCAACAUGCGGAAGUCAGAAGAGGGACAGAGCAUGUUGGAGUCAGGGCAUGUCAAAUUUGUGACCGGAGAUGGGCGGAAAGGUUGGGCAGAGGGUGCGCCGUACGAUGCCAUUCAUGUCGGAGCUGCUGCUGCUGUCCACCACCAGGCCUUGACCGAUCAAUUGAAAGCUCCGGGCCGGCUCUUUGUCCCAGUCGCCGAAGGCUGGGCGCAGUAUAUUUAUGUCAUCGACAAGAAGGAAGACGGUAGUCUUGAGCGCCAAAAGUUGUAUGGUGUACAGUAUGUGCCGUUGACGGAUGCGCCAGUGUAGGUCAAGGUAGAAUUCCAAGGGUCUUGUAGUCUAUAGCCGUCUUGUACCACUACUAUCCAAUCAUGCCCUCGAACAACUCGUCUCUGCUCCUACGUAACUCGUCAAGCCUAACCUCCAGCUUACCCACUUCUUUCCUGGCAGCU